AUGCGGGAUGGCGAGUUGACCACUCUAGAUGAGCUAGCGAGCGAGAAGUCGGAGCGGUCCGGAAGGUUUACGGUCCGCGGACGGAUCGUACAUCAGCGCAAGACGUCGCCGACGCUCAUCUUCCUCCUUAUCCGGGAUACGACACACACCAUCCAGUGCGUCCUGAAGCAAGGCGACGGCGUGCCUGAGCACAUGAUCAAGUGGGCGUCGCAGGUAUCCGUCGAGUCACUCGUCCAGAUCUCCGGAACACUUCACCGCCCACCCUCACCCAUCUCUUCCGCCUCCAUCUCCAACCUCGAGCUCCACAUCGAGUCCCUACAUACCCUCUCCCCGGCUCAUUCAGUCAACUAUGAUAACUACCGCCCGCCCGAGCAAAUGCAGCAGCGCCUCGCGCAUCGUAUCCUAGACCUGCGGCAUCCGGCCAACCACGCGCUCUUCCGGAUUCGGGCGGCCAUCAUCCGGGUGUGGCGGAAUGAGCUGGACAAGAGGGACUUCCUGGAGAUUCAGACACCCAAGUUGCAGCCAGCAGCGACAGAGAGUGGGGCGGAGGUGUUCAAGGUGAACUACUUUGGGAGGAAGGCGUUCUUGGCGCAGUCGCCCCAGCUGGCAAAGCAGAUGGCUAUCUCCUCGGAUAUGAAGCGCGUCUAUGAGGUCGGUCCGGUGUUUCGCGCGGAGAACUCCAAUACCCAUCGUCACUUGGCCGAAUACACCGGUCUCGACCUCGAGAUGGAGAUCCGGGAGAGCUAUUCUGAGCUCAUGGACCUCCUCAUCACCGUCCUCGUCGCCAUCAUCAAGCAGGUGCAGUCCAUGCCGGAGCUCGCGGUCGUACGGGAGCGAUUCCCCUCGGACGACUUCCUCCUCCCCGACCAGGUUCCCAUCAUCCCCUUCACCCAAGGUCUCCAGAUGCUCCGGGAUGACGGGCGGGAGGUGGCCGAGGAGGACCUUUCGACACCAGACGAGAUCCGUCUCGGCGAGCUCGUUCGAGCCAAAUACCACUCGGAUCUGUACGUCCUCGACAAGUUCCCAGCGAACGCUCGGCCAUUCUAUACCCACCUCGAUCCGUCCGAUCCCAAAUGGACCAACUCGUUCGAUAUGUUCUUCCGGGGCCAAGAGAUCUGUACCGGCGGGCAGCGGGUGACGGAUCCGGCGGAACUACGGGAGAAGAUGAAGACCGCGGGGGUGAUGGACGGGAUGGAUGAGUACCUUGCCGCGUUUGAUGCGGGGGUGGCGCCGCAUGGAGGAGCGGGGCUGGGAUUGGAGCGGAUUGUGUUCCUCCUCCUCAACCUCGGGGACGUCCGGUACGCUACCCUCUUCCACCGGGAUCCAAAGUCGCUCCCAGAGAAGCCACCAGCCCUCCCUCAUCCCGAGGCGGACACUACUCGGCCUCGGACGGGGAAGGAAGCACCUUCGCUGGAGGCGCUCAUACACAACUACGGCGACGCGAGCAAUACCGGCUGGCUGGAUGCGGACCGGUGGACGAUCUGGCGGCAUUACAACGGGGCAGCGGUUGCGUACUCGCCGCAGAAGGGGCGGCUGGCGAUGAUGAUUGGGGACCCGCUGUGCGAUCGCUCGCAAUUCCCCGAGGUCAUCGCGGCGUUCUUGGCGGAAAUGAAGGAGCAGGAUCUUACGCCGAUAUGGAUGCUGGUCAGCGAGGGCGUGCAGGAGGUGCUUGCGCGUCAGCACAAUAUGCGGACAUUUACAUGUGCCGAGGAGCAGCGUCUGGACGUUGAUGAGAAUCCGCCCGAGGUGGAUCAGCAGGCGGUACGCAGGGCGGAGAGGGACGGUGUCAAGGUGCACGAGGUGACGCUGGACGAGGGUUUCAUCUCGCGUGCCAACCGCGAGAUCGAGCGGUGGACGGAGGAGAGAAAGCACAAGGGAAAGCAAAUGUACAUGACGGAGGUGCGACCAUUCGUCGAUCAGGCGCAUCGGCGAUACUUUGCCGCAGAGAAGGACGACCAAAUCUUCUCGCUCGUCGUUCUCGCCCAGCUCAGCCCGGCGCACGGCCACCAAGUUAAAUGGGCCCUCGACUUCCCCGGUGCCCCUUCCGGCGUGAUCGACGUGACGGUCGGCAAGGCGCUCGAGGCGAUCACUGGACCCGUCACGUUUGGCGCGGGCGCGAGCGAGAGCCUGCAGCCCGGAUUCAGGAUGCAUGGUGCGAGGGCCAAGAUGAUGAGUCGUACGUACGCGAGUAUCGCGAGUACGAUGGGGCUGCGGAAGAAGACGGGAUUUAGGGAGAAGUUUGGCGCUCAAGGGGAGUCAGUGUACAUCUGUUAUCCCAAGAACGGGCUCAGUGUGAGGGAUAUGAGGGAGAUGGUGGCGUUCUUUGAGGAUUGA